UCUACUUCGCGUCGCAACGUUGUUACGGGUGCUAGUCUUACGGGCGGUCAUGUUUCGUACUCAGCAAGUAUAGUAAAGAUCCAGUUCAGUGACAAAACAACCAGAUUUCUGUUCGAUAACUUGUGGGUCUUCGCGCAAAGUGUCAUAGCACGACGUACACGGAAUACAACUUCUGCAUAGCGAAAAUCAAUAUCAUAGUGAGAAAUGCACGUGUAACUUCACAGUGGCAGUUAGUUAGACAUCGAAUCGAUUCACUAUCGCCCGUUCCGUGUGCUCUGAGGUGGUUUCGUUACAUUCGACAGAACCUUGUCACAGUCAGUUAGUCAGUUCGCAGCCAUCAGCAGUUACGGUUGCAUCAAGUAAAUCGGUAAAACACAAAGACAUGACAGUGAAUAACAUUCUCUGGUUUCGCCAUGGGCUCAGAUUGCACGACAAUCCAAGCUUGCUCGAGGCGCUUCGCAACGACUACGGUGACAACACGGAACCAGUCCGACUGUAUCCGAUCUUUAUUUUUGACGGCGAAAGUGCUGGAACAAAACUGGUGGGCUACAAUCGGAUGAAGUUUUUGCUGGAGUCGUUGGCUGAUCUGGACCGACAGCUACGGAAUAUCGGAGGUCAGCUGUACCUGUUCCGCGGUGAUGCCACCAACGUCAUGCGACGCCUGUUUGAAGAAUUGAAUAUUAAAAAACUGUGCUUCGAACAGGACUGCGAACCAAUUUGGAAAGACCGAGAUGAACGGAUUGUGAGUCUGUGCAAAAUGAUGGACGUACGGUGCGUAGAUAAAGUAUCGCACACACUGUGGAACCCGGAACAGGUGAUCCAUGUCAAUGGGGGAAUACCGCCACUGACGUAUCAAAUGUUUUUGCAUACUGUGAACAUUAUCGGCAAGCCACAACGUCCUGCGGAAGCACCAUGCUUCGAGUUUGCAGAAUUUGGCAAAGUGCCGGCCAUUCUGGCUACGGAGCUGAAAAUGUUCACCGCGAUUCCCAGUCCGGAAGAUUUCGGCAUUUACUACGAUGGUAAUCCAGAUCUGAUGCAUCAUCGAUGGGUGGGCGGCGAAACUAAGGCACUUGAAAACCUCAGUCGCCGGCUCAAUCAGGAAGAGGAAGCGUUCCGCGAUGGAUACUAUCUACCCAAUCAAGCUAAACCGGAGUUUUUGGGUUCACCAACGUCGCAAAGUGCCGCUCUACGCUUUGGAUGCCUGUCGGUGCGAAUGUUCUACUGGUGUGUCAAUGAUCUGUUCGAGAAAGUGCAGGCCAAGAGUCAACACAAGAAUCCGCAAGGUCACCACAUAACCGGGCAGCUGAUUUGGCGGGAGUAUUUCUACACGAUGUCGGUGCACAAUCCACAUUACGCUGAAAUGGAGGCAAAUCCGAUCUGCCUUAACAUACCUUGGUACGAGCCGAAGAGUGAUUCACUGGAUCGAUGGAAAGAGGGCCGAACCGGAUAUCCAAUUGUGGAUGCCGCAAUGCGGCAGCUGCUGGCCGAAGGAUGGUUACAUCAUAUUCUCAGGAAUAUAACGGCUACAUUUCUAACACGCGGCAGUCUGUGGAUAAGUUGGGAAGCUGGUGUGGAACAUUUCCUCAAAUACUUGCUUGAUGCUGAUUGGUCAGUUUGUGCUGGUAACUGGAUGUGGGUGUCAUCAUCAGCAUUCGAAAAACUGCUUGACUCAUCGUCCUGCACAUCGCCCAUUGUGCUAGCUCGUCGGUUGGAUCCAUCGGGGGAAUACGUUAAACGAUAUCUUCCAGAACUCCGAGGCUUGCCAACAAUUUACGUUCACGAACCGUGGAAGAUGCCGAUUGCCAUGCAGAAGCAGUAUGGUUGCAUAAUCGGUCAGGAUUAUCCUGCCCCGAUGGUCGAUCUGGAUGAGACGGCCAAGCGGAAUGCCAAUACUAUGAAUGGAAUUCGCAAGAAGCUGAUGGAACGCGGAUCAACACCACCCCAUUGUCGGCCGUCGGACUUGGAGGAAGUUAGGCAGUUCUUUUGGUUACCCGAGGAUAUCGUAGCGGAUUGCUAAAUAUUUUGGGUUUUUUUUUCUACCUCUUCGCACAGCGGUUUCAAACCUGGAAGAAACGAUUAGAGAAUGUGGCGAAUGUCACAAAAAAUACAUAAAUUUAUAGCAUCUUAUAUAGGCAUUAAGUUCAAUUGUCGAAACUUUGUAUACAUUAUCAGAUAUAAAAUCAGGUCUUUGAAUGCAGUUAAUCCGACGAAUGGCCGAUCUGAUUAAUAUUUGUGAAAAUUUAUGAACGGAACAGCAUUGACUAAAAGAGACAUAUUUUUCGAACUAUGCUGCAACGAAUCAAAGAAAAGAAUUAGGUUAAAGCCGGGGAAAAAUAAACGAUAUAAAAAAUAAAUCAAAGAAAAGCCCACCAAUAUUUGUGGUAUUUAUUAAAUUGCGUAAAUUCGUUACUAUUAGAAGUAACAUUUCAGUCAGAAUUUGAUAUUGAUAACGAAAAACAGACUCAUUAAAAAUCUCAGCAGCAGAGUAAAUCCUAGUAAUGUAACUAAAUAAUAAAUUAUAAACAAAAA